AUGUCUUCCUUCUCGGACGAUGGACAAAUUGCCGUUGAGAAUCUAGAAUCACAAGAUCUAAGAACCGUAAGCUGGUAUAGGAAGGAAAGCUCAUCUGACUCCUGCUUGAGCACCUACUUGGAUCUUUGUCUCAUCUUUCGGCGCUUUCUCUUCAACCUCCUCAUGCGCUUCUUCUUCCACUGA